CCCUGCUAACGCAUACACUUCAAGCGUCAUAUUCUCACACGAAGUGAUGGCAGGAUGGAAGUUUGCGGCGGCGACUCGAGCUGCGACGGCGGCUCAUGGCCGGCUGGUAGGUGCGGCGAGGCGAGGUGCGGGUCAUGGAGUCACGGGAGCCGUCGUCCAGUGCAGGUGUACGGAGCAGAUGAAGUGUGGUGCGGCCGGUGGCUCGCGUGGGGGCGGCUUUAAGCGGCGCCCCGAGCAUGUGAACCCGCGAUGCAACGAGCACGGCGGCCGGUCGGCGUGGUAUCUCGGGGCGGGCAAUGCGACUCGAUGAUGGUAAGCGCGGCAUGUGUAGCGUAGCGCAGCAACUAGACCUACAGUCGGAGGCAGAGGCGUGGCGGAUGCAGCGAGGCGAGCUAUGGCUGCAGUGGGGAGACAAGCACGGCGCGGCGACGGGUCGGCCAACCAACAGGCGUGGACACUCAGGGCGGAGGCUCGUGUCAUGACCAAGGCUAGUCUACAGGGACAUGGUACCAUCGAUGAAGGGCCCAGCGACCAACCAAGCAAGGAUGGUGUGGGUGGACAUCCUCACGCGGAAAGCGGUGUGUACGACAGCGUGUGUGAUCUGUCGUAGUUGGGUUGGUGGCAUGCCUGAGUUAUAAGGGCAGUGGUUGUGUGUGUGGGGGGCUAUCAUGUAUUACCUGAACUAGUAAACCGGCGAGAGGAGCUGAUCUCCCUCGAACCUUCCUCUGCUUUCUCCUACCUCGCCUCCUUCUUCCUUUCCCUGCCCCCUUCUAGAGGAGAUGCGAUGGUGCACACGGAGCCGACUACAAUCAAUGGCAACCCAGGGCACCACGGGUCAAGUGGCCAUGGCGCGAUCUCGCAUCCCGGAGGCCCGACUUACGGGGUGGUCACCACCCAGUUGCUGCCUCCGGCCAAGAAACAGGUUGUAACAGAUCUAUCAAACUGAGCACAUGAAUAAUCACUGAGGAAAUUUACAUUCACCAGUGAAGCAGAAAGAACAACAUUUAGCUAAUAUGAGUUGGUGAUUAGCAUCACCUGCAAGCACAAGAUGAAUGAAUGCAAGACGGGAGGUACCAGUUAGCGCCUCCUCCUACUCCCAAAGCUUGUGCUUCCUCUCUCCUCUUCUCCCAUUAUCACGGUUCUUCUCAUCUAACAAACAACUUGAAGGAGAAAAAAAGAAGAGAAUCAAAAUAUAAAAAGACGAGUAAACAUAUCUCACAUCAGUGCAAAUUAGGGAACCUUGUUAAAUCCGGUGAUGUUGCAGCUAGUUAGUUGGUCAUCUCAACCUACAAAACAUGUAUUAUCUAGAAGGCUCUGGUGGUUCUGCGAGCAUAGUCUCAAGUAUCAAUACGGUAGUUCUAGGUACAAACCUCGAAUUGUAGCGGAUGCCUAUGAUGCAAUAUAAAGGUGUUAGCUCACAGCCCAACAAUAUAGACAUGUAAACCAGGUAAUAACUUCAAAAUAUGGAGGAAGAUCGUCAAGGGGCAUGGUUAACUGGAGUCAGUAGGGUUAACUAAGCCGGGUAUGAACUGCCAGUCAGGACAUGUAAAGCAGGCUAUGAGCUAACAACCGAGUGUGUUGUAUAUCAUCUUGCUAUGUACGGCAUGAACCCACGAUCGCAAGGGUCAUCGUUUCUAGCUCGUCUUGAGAAUAUGCUCACGUACGGGAUUGUGCAGCGCCGGGUCGCACACAGGUGAUGGAGGGAUACACACCGUUGCGGGUCGUGUGGGGUGCCACUGCUAUUCGAAGCGGUGCGGGAGGGAGGGUGACGUCCUGAGCGUGCCGAAAGACAUGCUGGCAUGGUUGCAGCCCAUCUCCGGGACACCAUCACGACUACGCCCUGGUUCCACGCCAUCUGCCCGAGCGGUGUCGUCAUUGGCGGGAUGUCCGUGAUGCCCACAGUCCAUAGACAACCGGUGUUGCGCGAAGAUCGGGCUGAUGCUUGAGCACGCCCUAGGGCAUGACAUGGCGGCCUAUGGGGCUUGGUGCAUGUGGAGGCGCUCAUGGAUGCCUUGUCCUGGCAUGCGCUUGAGGAGAUUGGGUUCCCGCCGCCUCCACCCUCUACCUACUCGUCUUGGCGAAGGAGGCCGGCUUGGUGCGGUCGUCCUCCGCCCUCCCUUCGGCGGCGGCGGCGUCCACGUCGGCCGCAGGGUCGCCGUGGCUGAUCGGGAUGAGGCGGAUCUUGGCGAAGACCUCCUCAUCGGCCAUGAAGCGCACGACGGAGACGCGGUAGGGAAGGAGCGCGGGGACGCGCGCGACGGACAGGUCGACGACGGCCGUGGCCUGCUCGGCGUGGCCUUGUGGGAAGUAGUAGACGGCGGCGCCGACGGGCGGCACGGCACACAUGCUCACCGCGCAGGCCAGCCAGAGCUGCGCGUCGACGGCCGGGGCUUGUCCUCGCUGCCCGCCGGGCAUGACAGAUCGGUGAAGGUGAGCAUCCUUCCUUCUCCCCUCACAACGCCAGACAAGGGUAUGCGUAUGUCGUGGGCACGCCGGCUGCUGGUGGUGCUGGCGCGAUAGUGAUGGGGGAUUUUUCUCGGGAGGGAUGGGGAGGGAGGAGCGAUCGGGUAGUUUGGGGAGAGUUGGUGACGUGGGUGCGUGGUCAUGGGUGUUUUUUUUCAGAUCUAGUUUCUCUUUUUUUUAUCGGGAAAGUGGGGAUCGGAAGGAAGGAGGCGCUAGUUGAACCAUCACGACGGCAGAUUCCCUUUAAUAGUAGAGAUACCCGUGCAUUGCUACAUGUAACAUGAGUACUUUCGUUUUUUUAUCAUUUGUUUUUUAUUUUUUUGCUUUCUCUUUUUUAGUUUUGUUUAUAUUCAUUUUCCCCAAUUGUGCCAUUAUAUUUCCUAGUUUGUGUUGUUAUAUCU